UCUUGCUGUCAACCGACCUGCACAAUCUCCAUUCACUGUCGCGAAUUGCCGGAACACCCAGACGGCACGACAGCCACGACUAACUGCGAUUAUUACUCCCUCCGCGCAAUUCCCACCGAAGACGACAGCUGUCAGCAAGAUUCACGAGAGCUCCAAGAAACGAUUCCGAACGAUCAAGAGGUGAAAUUGCAGCGGAAGAUAGUGGUGGAAACGACGCGUCGAAACAAGCAAUACAACAAGCAAACAUGGCUACGGCCGAAGUGAGCAGCACUCCGCAGGACCGACCACAUCGUCGCCGUCCGUUCGCGAACCUCGUCAAGCGCUUAGCCAACUUCAAAAAUGGCGAUGACAAGGACAAGAAGAAUAAAAAGCUCGGCAAAAACAACCCAUACCCUCUAUCGGCAGUCCAACAGCCAUCACAAGAACCUCCCGCCAGACCUCAACGAUCCGUGAGCAUCCAUCAAGCCUACUCUUCCGCCUCGUUCGGAUCUGUGCCUACAAACACAGCUCCCGAACAUGAUCGCCCCGCACCGUCUCAUUCAAACAAGUCCGGCGCACCGACAGUCGCAAAUACUGUGCAUUCUGAUGCCGCAAACUCGGGCGCGGCCACCACAACCACUGCGGCGGGCGCUACGGAUGGGACAAACGGAGGCGGCAACAGCACUUUCUCUUCGCCAGCCCACUCAGUACGCUCUUUGACGACAACUCUCACGACGAUCCAGUCAACGAACAAUACCUCCACUCCAACCAACCAUACCACCCAUGACUCCUCACAACCCAUGGGUUCGAAUUUCUCCCACCAAUAUCCUGUUUCCACUCAGACCGCCUCUGCGAUCCCGCGACAUCUCCACGACACUUCCUCCCAGCCAGGAGGUCCUCCCACGACAUACACCUCCGCAACAGCCAAUAACCUCCUCACCGACAACGCAUCCAUCCUCACCCUCGCCUCAUCUAGCAAGCGUAGGCGAAGAAGAAGUAUGGACACCGAUGCCUCCGUUCGUGCACUCGCCCCGUCGUCAGUCUUCGGCGGUAGUCGCGAAAGUCUGCCACUCAGCGUGCUGUCCGGGAAUGAGGUCAGGAAUAGCAUGAGCGGAAUGCCCACAGGCGCAGGCGAAAGAGCAAGCAUCUACUCCUCAAGCGGACUCAUCGCAAGCGAGAGGAAUUCAUACUACAGCAAACAACAACAAGACGCCAAGUCGCUUCGGUCGGUCAGCAAUCUCCGCGGCAUGGGAGGAGGUGCGGUCACGCCCACGUCCGCGCCAGGUGGAGGACUUGGUGGAGCGCAAGCUGAUGAUGCGAGGAGCUUCUCCAUGCGCUCGGGACAUGGUGGAGGUGAGGGCAGGUUUGGAGCGGAUGCGAGGAGUUUGAGGAGUUUGGAUGCGAGGAGUGGGUUGAGCUUGGGAGAGAGCACGUAUGCAGGAGGUGGGACUGGAGGCGCAAUACAUGCGAGAAAUGGGAGUUUGAGCGGCAUCGUGGCAGAGGAGGUGGGCAGGCCACAGCACCAGGACGAUGAGAGGGAUUGA